CAGCAAGAUGCGCUGACGUCACAGCGGGAGGAGAGCCGAAGCGAGUCGGGCCACUUUUCUCCAUCCUGGCGAUGAUGGCGUCCCGACACCCAUGAGCAAGCAGAAAAAGAAGAGGAAGAAAGAAAGAAAGACCGAACGCGAGGGCCCCUUUCAGGAUCCGCGAUGAUUAAUUUUUGCUUCGGACUUCAAUUCGUUCGUCUUUUGUUGUUGGUAUGUCUGCAUCGGUGACUCUGUAUUGGAGGUUGGGGUAACACGGCGCAGGUGCCUCCAUCCAUCCGUUUAUCUAUCCGUUCAUCCAGCGCAGUGGAGGGGCCGGGCCGGGCCGAUGGCUGCUGGGGGAGGCGGAGGAGGAUGCGGGGAGUCGGUGGAUCAUUACCGGGCGGAGGUGGAGCGGCUGACCCGCGAGCUCGCGGAGGCGAACAGGGAGAAGGUCCGGGCGGCGGAGUGCGGGCUCGCGGUGCUGGAGGAGAACCAGAGCCUCAAACAGCAGUAUGCGGAGCUCGAGGCCGAGCAGGAGACCCUCAGACAGGAGCUGGAGCAGCUGCACGAGGCCUUCAGCCAGGCGUACACCACCCAAAGGAAGGUGGCUGAAGACGGGGAGACCAACGAGGAGACGCUGCUGCAGGAGUCGGCCACUAAGGAAGCGUACUACAUGGGCCGCCUGCUAGAGCAGCAGGCCGAGCUGAAGAGCAGCAGAUCGCAGGCGUCCUGCACGCAGGCUGAGAACGAGAGACUCGGCACCAUCCUACAGGAGCUGAGAGAGAGUAAUGAGAUGUUGGAGUUGCAGAGAAGCCGGAUGAGAGAGGAGAUCAGGGAGUAUAAAUUCAGAGAGGCCAGAUUACUGCAAGACUACACUGAACUGGAGGAGGAGAACAUCUCGCUGCAGAAACUGGUGUCCACGCUCAAGCAGAACCAGGUGGAGUAUGAGGGCCUGAAGCAUGAAAUCAAAGUUCUGGAGGAGGAAACAGCCCUGCUGAACAGCCAGUUAGAAGACGCGCUGCGUUUGAAGGAUAUCGCUGAGACCCAGUUAGAAGAGGCUUUGGAUUCUCUGAAAAGCGAGCGAGAACAGAAGAACGCUUUGCGAAAGGAAUUAGCGCAUCAUCUAACCGUGUGCGACGGGGGUUUCAGCUCAGGCUGCGCCCAUCUGAUUGCCCUGACAUCAGCGCCACCUAGUGGCAGUGCUACUCCGACCGCCGCCACGUCGCCCAGUAGUGAGGAUGGCGGAAAGUGCAACGGGCAUCUGCUUCAGGGCGCUGCGGGAUCAGUUUUGAGCCGACUGAAUGGAGACUUCAGGUCAUCAGGUUUGAGGAAGACUGAAAUUCUAACCCCUGACCUCUUUAGUGAGCUCAAUGGCCCUGAAAUCCUGAAACUAAGACAACAGCUUCAGCAGGUGGAACGUGAAAAAGGGUCAUUGCUCAACAGCUUGCAAGAAUCACAGGCUUUGCUCCGUCACACACAGGGGGCACUGACGGAGCAGCACGAGAAGGCCAAUCGCUUGGGUGAGCGCUUCCGAAAACUCCGCCGCCAGCGCAGCAGCAAGGAAACCAAGGGGGAAGAGGAGGACGAAGAAGAGGAGACUAUAUGCAUCCCUAGCGGCCAGGAAGGGCCGAGUCUAGAAUUGCUGCAAUGUAAAUACAGGGUGGCUGUGACAGAGGUGGUUGGACUGAAGGCGGAGCUUAAGGAGGUGAAGGACAGAUAUAAUGAGUCCGUGGAGGCAAGAGCACGGGCGGAGGAGCAGGGCAAGGCGCAGCUGCAAGCAUUGGAGACACAAGUGGUGCAGCUGGAGCGCAGCUGCAGGGAAGGCCGGGAGAAGGCGGUGAAUCUGGAACGCGAGCUGCGGGCAGCCAAUAACACGACCUUGGAGACGCAGGGAACCCUGGGAACUGCCCAAGAAGAGCUGGCGACAUUCAGCGAGGAGUUGGCGCAACUUUACCACCACGUCUGCCUGUGCAACAACGAGACACCCAAUCGCGUUACGCUGGACUACUACCGGCAGGGCCGAACCCCAACGCGCAUUUCCACCCCUGGCCACAAGGGGCAGGACGAUCACCGUGUGCUGUUGACCCCGCGUCUCGCUCGUCGUUUAGCUGCGAUUAACGCCGCAACGUCCGCCGAGUCUCGUAGCCCUUCGGACUCACCAUCCAAAGAACCUCUCACUGCUGAGCAGAGCCCAGUUCGUACGCCACUGGGUUCACCCGUCGUUAGUGCCUCUUCCUCGUCUUCAUCAUCUUCCCCGGCACCCGAAUCGGCCACGGGGUCCGACCUCCGGCGUGAACCCACUAACAUCCACCACCUCAACGCCAUCAUCCGCGACCAGAUCAAGCACUUACAAAAGGCGGUGGACCGCUCGCUCCAGCUGUCCCGCCAGAGAGCGGCCGCUAGCGAACUGGCCCCGCUAAUGGACAAGGACAAGGAGGCCUGCAUGGAGGAGAUUCUCAAGCUCAAGUCGCUCCUCAGCACAAAGAGGGAGCAGAUCGCAACCUUGCGCCUUGUGCUCAAAGCCAACAAGCAGACGGCUGAGGUGGCUCUGGCCAACCUGAAGAGUAAAUACGAGAACGAGAAGACAAUGGUGACGGAGACCAUGAUGAAACUGAGGAACGAGCUAAAGGCAUUGAAAGAGGACGCAGCUACCUUCUCUUCCCUCAGAGCCAUGUUCGCCACGCGGUGUGACGAGUACGUGUCUCAGCUGGACGAGAUGCAGAGACAGCUCGCGGCGGCGGAGGACGAGAAAAAGACGCUCAACUCUCUACUCCGCAUGGCCAUCCAGCAAAAACUUGCCCUCACGCAGAAACUGGAAGACCUGGAGUUCGACCAAGAGCAGUCGCACCGGACCCGUGCGGGAAAACCGUCCCGGCUGAGGAGCAGCACACCCAAAGUAAGUGGAACGCCAGUCCCGCCCCUUCCCGACACCCCUUUGACAAUUACCGAGGUCCUUACGGCAGCAGCCGCCAUCACCUCGCCUACCACGCCCAGCUUCACACCCACCCAGCCCUCCGCCCCCAACAGCCCGCCCUCCCUGGAGGCCCCUUCGUCUCCCGCAUUGUCUUCCUCGUCCUCCUGGACGCCCCCGACCACGCCGUACCGCCAUUGGACAAUGGGCGUCCGGGCGUACGUCGUCGAACCGCACACUUACGCCAACCUACCAACUCAUACCUCCAUCCUGGCCCGUCGCUAUGCAAGUGAGUCGCAUUAUUCCCCAGGCUCCGCCCCUUCCUCGCCCUACCGCUCGCCCCUAUUGGCCGGUCGCCGCUCCAUGUGGAGCUCGUCCCAAUCCGGCCCCCUUCCCAGCCACUUCCAGCGCUCUACGUCCCGCUACACGCCCCCUUCGUCCGGCUACAGCCCUUUGUACCCCAGAAACUACGGCUCCCAGCAUCCCCGCUACUGACGGGUGCCGCAGAGAGGAGGACACACACUGGUUUCUGUGUUUGAAUGUUUCGGGGAGUGUUUUCGUUUUUUUGUUGUUGUUUUUUUAAACUCAGGGAUUUAAUGGAGCACAAGUGGCCCGGCCUUCUUCAAAAGAGACUGUUGAUCAGUUCUCAGGACACUGUGUUCUCUGUCCCGACCUAAACGCACACGGACUGUUCAAGUACACUAAUGAGGAGAAAUUCAACAGGAUGUUAACAGAAUCGGAUCUGGUCGUGGGUUGUUGGUGUGUAUGAGAGUGAGUGUGCGAUUGUCACAUGAUUUGAACAAUAGGAGUCGAUUAAGUAGUUGAUUUGUAACAAGAUUUUAUAUGAAAUGCCGAUUGCAGUAUCAGUAUCUGAGAAGGUUGGCUAUGUUUGGAAUAGAAUACCAGUGCAGUGCAAUUCACAUCACAUACCCUGAAACCAUCCGAGAUGUAGAUGAGUUUGUUUCUUCAUCAGAUUUGCAAAAAUGUAGCCUUAUCAUACUUGCUCACAAGCAAUCCUGUCCAUCAAUUACAAUCUUGUAAAGCUGCAUGUAUGUAAUUAAGGCAUUUUAAACUGUAAACCGUCUCUUACGGCCAAAAUAUAAAUCCAUAAUAGCACACCCGAUUUUUAUAUACCCAUAUCCCUUUAAAAUCUCAUGAAAUAAACCAAUAAAGUGGGAAAACGCAAGUCUUUUUGUGUCACAUGCCGUGUGCUGCAUGCAUACUGCAGUAUGCUAUUCCAGACAUAGCCACAGUCACAGUGCCAUCCAGUGGAUAAACAGCAUAAAUGUGGCCCAUCCCAUGUAACGGUUAGUGCGCAGAGUCACGUUUAUAGAAAUACAAGACACCAUUUUAAUUUGUAGUUAAGAUCAGACUGGGUCAGAUAUGAACUCAUUAAUGUUGUGAGUGCUUACAGGAACAGCGACGCUGCAUUGAAUGUAUGUUAAUGAUGAAGUGAUGCAAUUGUCUAGAUGACUAAAUUCUCAGGGAAUAUCAUUCAUUGUCAGCUGUCUAAAGGUGGCCAAUAACAUUGCAACGUUUUUUUUAUUUACAGCACAUAUGAUCUGCAGGAGUGAUUUACAGUAUAACAUACGCAGUGCUCAUGUCCUGUCUAGUCAGUGUUCUUCCCGUUUGUUGCCAUCUUAUCAGUUGCAUUGAUGUUUUUCUUGUUGUUGUUUUUCCCCUUUACAUAUUCACAUUUUGGCAAGACAUCUUACUCCAAAACUCACAGCCAAAAUAAGCUGCCAAACAGCGCAGAAAGUGUCACUUAGAAAGGGACGUGCAUGGGCCCAAACAUCUUUUCUGUCGAAAUAUUGCUGUAUUUCACGAGAGGAGCCCGUGUCCUCCCAUUAAACGUUCUGUGUGACACUGACGGGCCGCACACUGGCCCACUAGAGCCAUAUCAGACCCGCACCGACCUACAGCACAUCACACAGCGCUUGAAGCAUUUGACAGGUAUCAAACCCUCAACCCCAAGCCUGCCAUGAUUUCCCCCGCAUGCCAUUUUUUUAAAUGCUGGUUUUUGCUAAAUGCAUUUUCAAAUAUUUAUUUUUGAAGUAAAUGGGUCCUUCUGCAAUUGCUGUGACUUUUCCUAUAUGAAACGAGAUAUUUUGAAUAAUGUUUAAUUCUAGUAUAAAAUAUAAAUAAUUAUAUAUAAUUAAUAAAUAAAUAUUAUAUAUUUAUAAUCUACAUUUAUACACUUAGUUAAAAUAAAUGAAAUGCAUUCUAAUUCUAUAUGACACAAUUGCAAUUUAUUUCUUAUUUUAACAAUUAGCUAAUUUACUGUUGGAUUUGUUUCUUGAGUUUUAGUAAAUCAGGAGUGUAAAAAAAUAAUAAUAAUAACAAUUUUAAUGCAAAAGUCACCGCUAUUGUAGAAAGACUCGAUUCUGAUCCCAAUUCAGAGUUUAAUUCAUUAUUGCCCACACAGGCCUCAGUACUGCAUGAAAUUGAAAUGUAAAUUUUACUUUAUCGCUCUUUUUGUGGAUUGUAGAUCUAACAGUACGACUAUAAGUAGGUGGCGAUCUUUAAAAAGUAUUAAAGAUGCUAUUUUUCUCUAUUCUUGCUGUUCUCUGCCGGCUUCCUGAAGUCAGAUCUGGGGCUGAUGAACAGGUGAAACAGAUCGUUUGCUAUGGUUCACAAAGAGGGCUUUACGUAAUCAUCUGAGAUCAGACGAAGCAGCUUCAGGGGUGUUGUUUUUUUCCGAUCAGGACAGAAACCAUGUGAGACCUCCUCUCUGUCGCGUCCGCGCACCUGAGGCCUGAAAGCACGCAAACGAACACGUUUUGCGCGUGAUCGCGUGAUCGUGACGUCAGCGCUCCAAAACCGAAUCCCGGUGUGCCGCCGUCUCGUUCAGACAGACGUCCAAUUUGAGGGAACCUGUCAAAUGCUUCUUGCUUCCCGCGUCGCUUUGUCUUUGAUCUCGUCUCAUUCGUGUCGCGCUGCGGCGUCUGCACUAGCUGGAGUCGUAGAUGAAUGUGUUUUCUACUGUGUGUUACUGUAAACAGCCACUUUGUGCAAAUGCAUAACACUUUUUGAGGGCAGACUGUUAUUCGUGUCCCUGUCUGCUGUCAUAUGCAUGUGUAUACAGUACACGGCCUACAGCGAAACACUGUAUAUGUCUGUUGUGAACUGGACUGUAAUGUUGUAUAUUCUUCCUAUAUACUGUAAAUAACAGGCAUAAAUGCAUUGAUUGA